AUGCCAGAAAACAUUGUGCGUAAAAGAAACAAGCCCACAUUUGUUUGUACAAACUGCAAACGAAAGAAGAUUAAAUGUGACAGGAAGACGCCAUGCUCGUCUUGUGUUAAAUUGAAUAUAGGCUACACUUGUGUUUACGACACAAGAUGGACAACGGCCGGAAAGAUCAGUGGUCACCAGAAACUGCAUUCUCGAAGCUCGUCAUCUAAUUCUCAUGAUCAGGUCGAAGUUGCUCAAUUAAAAGCAAAGAUUACAGAAUUGGAGAAUAUAAUUGCACAAUACAACACGAAAGAAGAGAAAGACAAUAUGGUCCCCAAAAACAAUGCCGAAUCCAAUCUGAAAGUUAAUGGGCCAAAUUAUGUGCGUGCUCAUCCAAUCGCACCUCCGGAAACAACGCUUACUCCAAAUCCAAUUGUGAAUCCAGAAGACACACUUAAUUUUUAUGCUGGGUAUACUCCCAUGUACAUUAAAGGCAAUAUUCGAAGAGUCAAUUUCGGGCCUUUAUCUUGGAUAGCAUUAUUGAAACGAGAUCACGCGUUAUCUUUGGCGUGGAAGGAUCUCAGCACUAAGGGAUACUUUAGCGGUCUUAAUUUGAGACAGGUUCCAAUGAGUCCUGAAAACAUAGUCAUUUUGAACACACAAAUGAGCACUCCAGAAGGUGUGUCACCUAACAUGGACAAAUUUUUCCGUCGCAAGUACUUGGAAAUUGAAGGAUAUGAGGAAACAAUGCCUUACCAAUCAUUGACUAGAAUUGGUGUCGAUACUGGGCAAACCAACGGUAGUGAUCAUCAUAAAAACAACGCAAAUGCCUCGAAUAUACAGCCAGACUUUAAAAUGUCCUUUACGCUGAUCAGUCUUGCUCGUACGAUUUUUGAAGGGAAGAUAAACCCGGAAUUACAAUUGAUUGAAAAAAUCAAAACGAUAUUACCUUCAAAGAAAGUAUUUUGGAACCUAAUAGACUUAUUCUUCAAAAAUGUCUACCCAUUCUACCCAUUCAUUGAUGAAGAUUCGUUCAAGAAGGAUUUGCAAAAGAUAGUAGGCAAGGUUGACUACGAUGACAAGCCAUUUUCCAAAAUAAAUGUGAGCAAGAAGUUGGAUUUAGCGGUGGUUGCCCUCUGUUUCAUUUGUUUAAGGCUAACUUACUUGUCGUUAUAUUCCAACAAGGACUCCACCAACCGAGGCAUAGUUGAGUCCCAGGAUGAGACAUUGACAAAAUUUCUUUUUCAAAACCCCAUAAACUCAUCCUGUAUCGAUGUUGCCAAUUCUUGUAUUCAAUGUUUUCAUUUCAGAAGAAAAUCCAACCUUACCGUUUUCCAAGCAAUUUUGUACAUGCGAUUUUACAGAAACAUUGCUCCUGAAGAAGGCGACGGAAUUGAUGGUGGAGAUUCUCAAUUGGGAACAGCAUUGCUUAUACAGAUGGCCGUAUCCUUGGGCCUUAAUCGUGAACCCGACUUAUUCGAUGUUUGCAAUGAUGAGAAAACUAAUCACUUGGGUCGCAAAAUAUGGGCUGCAUUAAUGGCGGCCGAUUUUCUUUUCUGUCUAUCAGCUGGGAACCCUCCAAGUGUUCAUCCUCAGCAUUAUGAUGUUUCUGAACCAUUCCUUACCUCCAAGAACAGCAACAUAAAAGACAUUGAAAUGGAGUCCGUUAUAACGCAAGGUUAUGCAGUAGUUGAUUCAGAUCGAGAGCUUUUGCGUAGAUUACUUUCCUAUGUCGUGGAUAUAAGGAAUGGUGUUGAAAUGAACAAAAUCACUCAUAAGUUGCAUCUCACUGAACAGAUAUGGCAAUCCAGAUACAACGUCAUGCAUAACGCGGAGUUGAAAAGUGAGGUUGAUAAUUCCGAACACACGAGGGAAGACAUCAAAAGAUUCUUGUACAUUAAAAAGGCAAGGAGGUUUUUGCUCAUGAAAAUUCCCCUCACCUCCUUUUACUACCAUAUAUAUUUGCAUUACGAAGACAUGUUGGACACGGAGCUAUCCUUUUUUUACUUGCUGAAAAUACUUUUAAUCAUUAUAAAUGACAUCAUUCCGUACAUUCAAGACAUCAUCAACGGGAAUUUGAGUUCUGUUGGUCUAUUCUUGAAUCCAAUGGCUCAAGUUGGGUUGCUCAAGUCAAACGAGGUUGUGUUUUCAUGUCUAGCUCGUGUUAACUUUGUGAUAUAUCAAUUGGAGACGUCUGAAAAUCAUGCUAGUAAAUUGAAUGAAGAUCAGCAAUACCGUGAACACUACAAUUUAUUAAAGGGCAUGUCAGUUAAUAUUACAAAGACUAGUAAAUUGAUUACCUUACUACUCGAGAGAAUGGGACAGAGAUAUUAUUGCGCUUGGAGGCUAUCGAAAGCUCAGCAUACUAUAUGCCACACGCUAACAGGAAAAGAGUUUUACGAGAAACAUGCUCAGAAGUUGAAGCGGGUCAAAGGAUUCCAAUUCACAACGACGCAGUUGAAUAGAUUCAAUGUAUUGAUUGGACAGCUACAGGAGGAGGUACACAAAACAUUGAGCUUUGAAGACGGUCAGCACGCUUCGACACCAAAUAUUGUGAAUACUGACUUGGCUGCCGAUAUUCGUAAAUCAAUGCUUGAGGCACAAAAUAUGGUCUCAGAAGAAUCUCCUUACUCGCAGGAGAGUGCUUCUGGUGGGACCACUUCGGACACUCCUAUGAAACAGACAACAUUGGAGGACUUUAAUAUGAACUACAUUGAUCACAUGUGGCUCCAACACGUCGCUUUUCGAAACGAUACCAACCUGUCAUUGGAGAACAACUUGAUCUCGAAUAGCGAUGAGUUACGAAUGUUGCUGAGCGUAACACCCACUGUUGUCCAGAAUGAGUUUGAUAUUGACGAUGGUGGUACUAAUCCUAUUGCUAGCUCUACUAUUCAAGGUAACUCAAACAACAAUGACCCAUCACAAUCUCAAGUUGAGAAUCGACCAAAUCUACAGCCACGGCAAGCAAGCAAUUCUACCGUUCCAUUGCAAUCUUUAUUAGACACCAUGCAAGGACAAGAGUGUCUUGAUUUCUUACUCGAUGCUGGUUUGAAGUAUAGCUAUGAGUCCUUUUUGUAG